CCUGGAUAGCUCAGCCGGGAGAGCAUCAGACUUUUAAUCUGAGGGUCUAGGGUUCGAGCCCCUGUUCAGGCGGGAGGCCCCACUCCCUUUCUUAGCGCCGCCUCUGCCGGGGAGGCGCUCGGGCGAGCCUGGGGUCCCAGGGCCCGCAGGCCAUGGCUGGGCCGCGUCUGGGCCCCCGCUUCCAGCGGCCUUUCCUGGCGGCCCGGCAGCUCUGCACCUUCCCCUGGCCGGAACUUGAGCAGAACCUACGGACCUCGGCGGAUUCCUCCCUGCUCCGGGACAUCCUGCACGCGACCGUUCUCCACCCUUUGUGUGUGAAAUACCCUCCUUCAGCUAAGUACAGAAGAUGCUUCCUAACUGAACUCAUCAAAAAGCACGAAUCCACGGCAGCUGAGCCCCUGGAUGAAUUGUACGAUACACUAGCAGAUGUUUUAAAUGAGGAAGAAUCUACUCACUGUUACAAAAACUACUUACUGCCCACAGGAGAUUGCGUUACCCUUUCUGAGAGUGUGGCAAUUAUCUCUGGAGGGACCACAGGGCUCAUCACGUGGGAUGCCGCUCUUUAUCUUGCUGAAUGGGCAAUAGAGAACUCUGCAGUUUUUAGUAACAGGACAGUCUUGGAAUUAGGAAGUGGGAUUGGCUUCACUGGAAUUGCCAUCUGUAAAACCUGCAAUCCCAAGACAUACAUAUUUAGUGACUACCACCACUGUGUUCUCAAACAGCUGACAGAAAAUAUCCUUUUGAAUGGCUUUGUCUUGGAGCCUGAAACUACCCAGCACGUCCAAACACAGACCCGAGGCCAGGAGGCAGAAGCAACAAAUUCCCAAAAACCCAAAUUAAUUGUUGCAGAACUUGACUGGGGCUCAGUUACAGAAAAGCAGCUGUUGGACCUUCAACCCGACGUCAUCAUUGCAGCAGAUGUGGUAUAUGAUCCAGAGAUAAUUUUAGCCCUUAUUGGUAUGCUACAAAAACUCUCCACUUUGAGAGCAGAUAGAAAACCUCCCGAGGUCUACGUUGCUUUCACAAUUCGUAAUCCAGACACGUAUCACCUGUUCCAGGCUGAACUUGCUAAAGUUGGCAUUGGAUGGCAGAUUAUUCCAGCCCACAGCAACAGUAUUUUUCUCUGUGAUGUGCAGCCAAACGUAACUAUUCUACAGCUAUUUAUAUAGACUUGGAAAAUACGACAUAACUAAAUUUUCAGACCAACAGGAGCCAUCCCAUCCUUGUAACAAGAUUAUCUUGAAGUCUGGAAACGUACGUGAGAGGCACUGAGGAUGUAACUAUGAACAGACUGUUGUCAAAGUGAGUUAUGUUUCUUCCUGUAAUUGUCAGCAUGUGUGCAAGCAAGCUGCCGCCGCUGAAAAGUAUCUGUGAACCUUAACACAAGAGAAAAAAACCCAACCCUAAUCAUACUGCACCUUGAUUCUGUAGAAGACAACAGAAUUGAACUAUUUUUUUAAAAUGGUUUGAUUUGUAAAUAACAGAGGCACAUCUGCAGGACCACAGGAUGUGUAUCUUACACCAACAAGGGAGGAAAACAAUGUUUCAUAGUAAUAAAUAUUUUUUAAUAUUAAAACCA